CAUAGCCGAACGAGUGAGCGAGUGCAAGUCAAGAAGGAAGACGAAGAAACUAAAAUCUGUCGUUCACUUUAGUGAUGUAAAUUUUGAAAUUUUAAGAAAAUGAUAUUGUAAAAGCUUGAAAGGAUAAUCUUAUUUUGAUUUUAAUUGUAUCUUAGUGAUAUUGUUUUGACUAUUAUAGCCCUGACUUAAUUUAUACCGUCGGUAAAGUGAGAGAGUUCAGUGCGUGUGCAAGGGUGGUAACGAGAAAUGUGAAGUAUCUAUGAAGUUCAGGAUUCUAAAGCCGUUUAUUUUAUAAGUUUAAUAAUGAGCGGACGCCCUAGGACCACGUCAUUCGCCGAGGGCAGCAAAUCCGUUCGAAAGACAUUCGAUAAUCAACCACCGAAACCACCUCUUGGAGGCGUAAAAAUUAGCAGCGACGUGGAAACUCCUAAAAAGACCGAGCUGGCUUCAGAAAAGAAGGCGGCCUCCUCGCAUCGCAAGGACGGCUCGAAGGUGACGACUGUGGUGGCGACGCCGGGGCAAGGCCCCGACCGGCCGCAGGAGGUGAGCUAUGCCGACAUGAAGCUCAUCGGCAACGGCAGCUUCGGCGUCGUCUACCAGGCCAAACUCUGCGACACCGGCGAACUUAUAGCCAUCAAAAAGGUGCUCCAAGACAAGAGGUUUAAGAAUCGUGAACUUCAGAUUAUGCGACGACUGGAGCAUUGUAAUAUCGUAAAAUUGAAAUACUUCUUUUACUCUAGUGGUGAAAAGAAGGAUGAAGUGUACCUGAAUUUGGUGCUGGAGUAUAUACCAGAGACUGUGUACAAAGUGGCACGUCAUUACUCCAAAGAUGAACAAACAAUACCCAUUAGUUUUAUAAAGCUAUACAUGUAUCAGUUGUUCAGAAGCCUCGCAUACAUCCACUCGCUGGGCAUCUGCCACCGAGACAUCAAGCCGCAGAACCUGCUCCUCGACCCGAAGACUGGCGUGCUCAAGUUGUGCGACUUCGGCUCCGCCAAGCACCUCGUGCGCGGGGAGCCUAACGUCUCGUAUAUCUGCUCGCGAUACUACCGUGCUCCCGAACUCAUCUUCGGCGCCAUAGACUACACAACUAAAAUAGACGUGUGGAGCGCGGGUUGCGUCGUAGCAGAAUUGUUACUGGGACAACCGAUAUUCCCUGGCGACUCUGGCGUUGAUCAACUCGUUGAGAUCAUCAAGGUCCUAGGUACGCCUACACGAGAACAAAUUCGAGAGAUGAACCCGAACUACACUGAAUUCAAAUUCCCUCAAAUCAAGAGCCACCCUUGGGGAAAGGUGUUCCGCGCGUGCACGCCGCCCGACGCGAUCUCGCUGGUGUCGCGGCUGCUGGAGUACACGCCGGGCGCGCGCCUGUCGCCGCUGCAGGCGUGCGCGCACAGCUUCUUCGACGAGCUGCGCGAGCCCGCCGCGCGCCUGCCCAACGGCCGCCCGCUGCCGCCGCUGUUCAACUUCACCGAGUACGAGCUCAGCAUCCAGCCCUCGUUGAACGACUUCCUAAAGCCGCGCGCCACCGCCGCGCCCGCCGCCGACACGCCCGGGGCCUCCGCCGCCGCCGCGCAGCCCGACCACGCGCACACGCCCACAGGCGAGAGCGCGGGCGCGAGCGGGCCGAGCGGCUCGCCGGGCGCGUCGUAGGCGCCGCGCCGCUGCCGACUCCGCGCGAGUCCGUCGUAUGCUAUUUAGUGAUAGUCCUUUUUCGUGUUGGCCAUCGGGUAAAAUUAAAUGCAUAAUAGGUGUUUUCGGCGAGUAAUCGUGUGAUAAUGUAGUGUAAUCGUCGAUGCUUCAGCCGUCGUAGUCGGCGAACGGUAAAUCCGCCGUAGUCUCUGAACCGUCGCGAUGUGAUCACUUUGUACUUUUGUAAGCUCAAAUUCGUCUCUUUAUGUACAUACCUUAAAAUUGUUGAGUUUGAAGUGACGCUCGUUCGAUAUACGACAGAUUAUCGUCCGAUAAAAUUGUUUUGUUUCGUUUUCAAGUGUAAUCCGAGGUCUGCGACGACGAGAUGUUCCGCUUUAUCCGUAGACCGACCCGCUCCUGCGAAGUCAGCGCGAGAGACAGUCACAUAUUUGUAUCACUAGAAUCACCUAUUGAGAGAUAGCCGCAUGAUACUUAGUGAGGAGCGUUACCUUGCUUGGGCCAUGUAAUCAGUAGGAAAGACAUAUUCAGUAGUGCAUUAGCGUAUUUAUUGUUGGAACGUAUCACUAACUCAGAAACGUAUGCCUAGUGUAAUUUCAACGAUAAAACUUAGCAUGGAACAUUUUUUGCAUUCAUAGAGAGCAUACUUGUAAAUUUUUAUAACUAGUAUAAACUGAUCUCUCAAGAUAAUUUAUAAUAUUAACGAUAUCUCAGAAUACUAUGUAUAAACAAUUCAGAGGAUAUAAAUUUUAGAUUACUACAGUAUAGAUAUGUAUUUUUUUUCGGCAACUUGUAUGUUAUAAACAUUUUGAUUGCGGUGUACCUUAUUUUAUCCAGUGCUGGAUAAAUGUAAUGUAUUUAAUAGCACUGUCUGUGUCCUAAUGUAACGACAUAGUUUUUCGAUAAUAUUGUAUUCUAUAUUCAAUAAAUGAUAUUUCUAUAAUAUAAAAUUUGUCAUUGAGAACACUAUGGUUAUUAGUAGUCAUCUAUGGAGAGAAUGUUAAAAUAAUGCUAUAAAUUUCAUUGUCAUAGUUUUAAGUAAUUCGAGUAAUUUCAUUUUGCACUUCUAUUCGGCAUACCGUUACAAAUUAGGCAAACCUUUAAGUAUAGACUAACGAAUCUUGUAUUCAUGGUGUAGAAGUAGCCUGUAUGCAUAAAUUUCUCGGUGUAAUGUCCAAUACCUUUGCACCACCUUAGUACGGAGUUAAAUAAAGGCAGCUGUGAAUGUUCACUGAGCAGGGAGUCUUGCUGUGCUUCUAAUUCCACUUAGAGAUUAGCUAUUGAUUGAAAGCGCUUUUUCUCGUUCUCGCGUCAUGACUUGAUGAAUUUACAGUUCAUUGACAAUGAAGUGGAAUUAUAAGCAAAGUGUACAUUUGGACGCCCCGAGAGGCUAUUUCUCAUUUGGACCAAGUCAUGGUUACCAUGUCUGGCUUCAUAAUGACUUAGCUAGAUUGACUAGCAGCAAUAACCUGCCUUUUUUGUAUUCAUAACGCUAUUAUGCUAAAUGAUCGUUUUUUCGUAUUUUUAAUAUUUCUUUUGAUACUAGCAUGUUUAGCGGGUUCAAUUCCCGUACGUAAUUUAUGCUGGGACCUUCGAAAUUUUAAACACAUAACUAAUUAUGUAUUACUUUAUGUACCUAUGUACUAUUAAUUACGUAUAAAUUAUUGUAUCUUAAGAGAGGCGCUCGGCGCACCGUUUUCAAAUCACAUAGUGGAGCUUAGAUGUGGUCGUAAGGCUAUUGAUUUGCCGACACCUUUUAUAAUUCGUGUAAAUAUUAUGAUUAUCUGUACGGUGUGAGUCGUGACGCGCCAGGCGGCGCGGCCCGCUGCGGACUCGUUAAGGGACACGGUAGUUUAGAUAUGCAUAUUUUUAUUAAGUCUAUCUAAUAUGAAUUUUGUAAUCGACGUUGCUUCUUAAGACCCUCUGUGUAAAAAAAAUAUAA